CGUCUUCUACAGCUAAAAGGGUCGACCACUCCGUCGUUCGUUGUCGAUCGACUUAACCUAACCCUAACCCUAUAGAUCUCCUCUUCCCCUCCUCGCCCUCUUCUACCCGAAUCCUCGAGGCCUCCGCCUCCAUGGCGCCUGGCGAUGCCGAGAUCGAGAUCGUCUCCGACCCCAAGCACAGCCAGAACGGGACCUCAAACCCUAACCCUAACCCCAGCCCCGAUCCGAGCGUCGACGUCGUCGUCGACGUGUGCUCCGCCGCGGCCUACGGCGACUUCGAGAAGCUGCGAGGGUUCGUGGAGAGGGAGGGGCACUCCCUCUCCAAGCCCGAUGGCAACGGCUACUACGCCCUGCAGUGGGCCGCGCUCAACAACUACCCCGACAUCGCCCACUACAUAAUUGAGCAUGGUGGCGAUGUGAAUGCGGUGGACCUGGGGCAGCAGACGGCACUUCAUUGGGCGGCAGUGCGGGGUGCAGUGGCAGUGGCCGAUGUGUUGCUGCAGAAUGGGGCCCGGGUAGAGGCUGCCGACCUCAAUGGGUAUCGGGCAGUUCAUGUUGCAGCACAGUAUGGACAAACAGCAUUCUUAAAUCACAUCAUUUCAAAGUAUGGUGCAGACUUUGAUGCUCCAGAUAAUGAUGGCAGGAGUGCACUUCACUGGGCUGCCUACAAGGGAUAUGCAGAUACUGUUAGGCUACUUUUGUUCAGGGAUGCAUAUCAAGGGAGGCAAGACAAAAAUGGUUGCACCCCGUUACACUGGGCUGCGAUAAGAGGCAGUAUGGAGGUUUGUACGGUUCUUGUACAUGCGGGAACUAAAGCAGAACUUAUGGUGAAGGAUAGUAAUGGAUUUACUCCUAGUGAGCUCGCAUCUGAUAAAGGUCACCGGCAUGUUUCUUAUAUCCUUUCCAAUGCAACAAAGGUGAGCUGUGAAGAUAAAUAUUGUGCUGGAAGGCUCGGACAUAUUGGUUAUGCUCCUAUUCUACUGUCUCUGAUUAUUAUCCUUGUGGUCCUUUUUGUAAAUUCCAUUAUUUUUGCUCCCAAUUUUUCUCGGGUUACUGCUGUUGUCGGACUCUGGGGCUGGACUGGUGUUUCUCUUGCUUUUGGUUCAUUAAUAAUGUUCUACAGAUGUAGCAGCAAGGAUCCUGGUUAUAUCAAACCAAGCAGUGGAGAAUCUACUAGGUUAGUGGGUGGAAAGGAUCCUCUAUUGGACAUCGAUCUCAACAAUUCUUCUGUUUGGACAGGCAAUUGGUCUCAACUCUGCCCCACCUGCAAGAUAAUCCGACCUGUGCGAUCCAAACACUGUCCUACCUGCAAGCACUGUGUGGAGCAAUUUGACCAUCAUUGCCCCUGGAUCUCUAAUUGUGUUGGAAAGAGAAAUAAAUGGGACUUUUUCAUAUUUCUUUGCAUGGGAACUUCAACAACAAUUAUUGGUGCUAUUGUUGCUUUUCACAGGAUUUGGACAGAACCAGUCAUGAUUCCGGCUUCUGAGACAUGGAUCCAUUACAUGGUGACAAAACAUACUGGGGCUGUUUUAUUUCUAUUUUUGGAUGUGUUCUUACUAUCUGGAGCUUCUAUUCUGACAGGUGCACAGGCUUCACAGAUUGCGAGAAACAUCACAACUAACGAGCUGGCAAAUUCAGCUCGCUAUUCUUAUCUUAGAGGACCAGAGGGGCGCUUCCGGAAUCCUUACAACCGUGGCUGCCAUAGGAAUUGUACGGAUUUUUGGGUUAACGGCUAUACAAAUGAUGAAGAAAUCGCUUGGCCGUCACUUAAUCAAGUGGUACGAUGAAAUUAUAUGCCAUGUUUCCAUCAAUUAUUUAUUACUGUUGAGCUCCUUUCCUCAUAUUACUGGAGAAGCGGUGCAUGGAGGGUUAUACAUGUUUCCAAUAUUGGUGAUCUAGUGGACAAUCCCGAGAGGUUUCUAUCAUGGACCAAUCUUUGUAAAAGUAUCAAACUUAGAGUUAUAUUAUUUACAUCAGAUUUCACUGCCCUCUUUUAGGACUGAAGAAGUUUAGAAAUUUUUACAGCAUUUGAUGAACAAGUUAGGAUUUUUACUGUUUACUAGUUACAAUUUGUAUCUGUAUGUAUCGAUCGAUGUACAGUGAGAGAAAAGUCAGGGGUAAGCCAUCCAAUUUAUGCUCCUCCUAUCAUAUUUUUUAGAUUUUUAAGAAAAUAAGGACUUGCUUGCAAAGAACUUUUCGCUGGAAGGCCAUUUUGGAGGAGUUGGAAAUCUUUUCUGUUCUGUUGAUUGCAGCAACACGACAACUUGAAGCACAGGACUUUAGAAAGAGGGAAUUGUUUCCAUUUCUUUGUUUUUUUUUUUCUUUUUUUUGUGUCUGUGACUAUGACUGGAGGAUGAAAUUAUAAGUAUUUGUUGGCGCUAGUCACAUCUUUCUGUUUUUCAAUUAAA